AUGCUUUCCUUCCUUCGUUGGCUUUUCAAAUAUUCGCGCCCUGAGAUGUACGGGUUAGACCAUGCUGUUCUUAACAUUCAGCUCCCACCCCAGACUAUGUGGAUGAACAUGGGUUAUUGGGAGUCGACUUCCGACUUCCCAGAGGCCUGUCGCUCCUUACUAGAGCAGGUGAUCACCUCGGGUCUCUUGUCUGUCACGGAAAGGAGUGGACCAGUGAGGGUCGUCGACGUGGGCUGCGGCUGCGGCGACCAAGCCCUGUAUCUAACCGAUCUCCGGCGCAAUCCACCAGGAGACGAAGCAUCAGCCUCUGGAUUUGAGGCGGUCCCGUCCAACCAGACCGCCCAGCCCCGAACUCAGGAGCCGCGUCUUCUGGAUACCUAUGUCGGAAUCACCCUCGAACCGGGCCAAGCAGCGCUCGCGCAGCGCCGCCUCCAGGACAAACAUGGCGACCUCCUCAAUUCUCUCAAUGGCCCAUCUGCGCGGGUCUUCUGCGGCGACGCGGCUGAUCCCACGCAGUGGUCGGCGGAAUUGCAGAAUUUCAUCGCCCCGCUGGUCGACACCGCGCAGAGCGGCAAUGCGGAGACGUGGCUCCUUGCGCUCGAUACGCUGUAUCAUUUCCGUCCGUCGCGUCUGCCCAUUCUGAAGUAUGCACAUGAUACUCUCCAUGCCUCGGUCAUGGCGUUCGAUCUCAUUCUAGCCGAUAACGUCUCGUGGCGCGAGCGCGUCCUCCUGCAGUUAUUCUGCUGGCUGACCGGGGCGCCGUUUGGGAACUUGAUCUCGCAGGAGAAAUACCUGCGCAUGCUGAUGGCGGCAGGGUAUGACCCGUCCCGGAUCGAGAUGAGAGACCUCACUCGACACGUUUUCAGUGGUCUGUCGGCUUACCUUGAUCGGCGGGUGCAGGAAGCGGCUCCGUUCGGGCUGAAGAUGGGUAAGUUCAGUGCUGCCAGAAUGGUCUUUGAUUGGUGGGCGAGGAGUGGUAUACUAAGGGGGGUGGUGGUCGUGGCGAGACGAUCGUGA